UUUUCACUUUGUUCAUCACGACUUCCUUUCAAAUAUAUUAACUAUGGAUAGUGACAAAGUGCUAGCAGAUAAUGCCUCUUUCGAAGCUAAGGACUUCCAAGAAACCAAUGAAAAAUAUUCUGAUCAUGAAGAUUCUUCUUCUCUUGAUCGUGUGCAUCAUGAAGGUGGGAAAUUGAAACGUAGAUUUUCUACUUAUUCCAUUAUAUGUAUUGGUUUUGGUUUGACAAAUUCCUGGUUAGGUAUCUCCUCUUCUUUGGUUACUGGUAUUAGUUCAGGGGGCCCAAUGUUAACUAUUUAUGGUAUUUUAAUCGUUGCCAUGAUUUCUUACUGUGUUGCUGUUACUUUGGGUGAAAUGUCUUCUGCUAUUCCAUCGGCAGGGGGUCAAUAUGUCUGGACUAGAGUCUUGGCUCCAAAGAAAUAUUCAUCAUUUUUGGCUUAUAUUUGUGGAUCUAUGUCAUGGGCUGGUGCUAUUUUCACAUCAGCUUCAAUGUCCGCAGCUUUAGCUUAUCAAGUUUUGGGAUUCUGGAAUUUAUUAAAUCCCGACAGAGCACGUUUUGAUCAAUGGACAUAUUUUGUCAUCUACGAAAUUGUCACAAUUAUCUUGUUCUUCUUUAACAGUUGGGGAAAAAUCUUGCCUAUUUUAGGGAACGGUGCAUUGUAUGUUUCACUUUUUUCAUAUACUGUCAUUUUGAUUACUGUUUUAGUUUGUUCUAGAGGAAAUUAUCAAAGUCCUCAUUUUGUUUUUGUCCAAUUCAAUAACGGAACUGGUUGGAAAUCUUCUGGUAUUGCAUUUAUUGUUGGGUUGAUUAAUCCUGCAUGGUCCUUCUCGUGUUUAGAUAGUGUUACACAUUUAUCUGAAGAGACCUCUAAACCAAGAACUGAUAUUCCAAAAGCCGUUCUUUCAACUGUCACUAUUGGUUUUGUCACAGCAUUUACUUACUCAAUUGCUAUGUUUUUCUGUGUUACUAACUUAGAGGAACUUACAAACUCCCAAACUGGUAUGCCAAUUUUGGAUAUUUUCUACCAGGCAUUGAAAAAUAGACAAGGUGCUGUCUGCCUUGGAUUCCUUGUGUUCUUAACUGCUUUUGGAUGUACCGUUGCAUGUCAUACUUGGCAAACCAGAAUUUGUUGGAGUUUUGCCAGAGAUAAUGGGUUACCAUUUUCAAAAUAUUUAGCUAGAGUUGAUCCAAAAUUAGGUGUUCCAAUCAAUGCUCAUAUUUUCUCAACCUUCUGGGUUAUGAUUUGUGGGAUUAUUUUCUUGGUUACAACUGCUGGUUUCAAUGCUAUGAUAGUUGGUACAAUCACCUUGAUUUUAGGUUCCUACAUGGUUUUCUGUUUCUGUUUACUUUACCGUGGAAGAAACAAUAUCAAACAUGGUCCAUUUUGGUUAGGUAAGUUUGGUUAUUUCUGUAAUAUUGUGGUUAUAUUGUAUGGUAUUUUUGCCUUUGUAUUUUUCAGUUUCCCAGCCACAAUGCCAGUUACUGCAGGAGAUAUGAAUUAUUUCGCAGUUGUAUUUGUUAUAUAUGUUAUUUUAGCACUUGGAUAUUGGUGGUUCCCAGUUAAACAAUGGUCAGCUAGAGUAAAUUUUGCUGGUGGUCGUCAUGGGGAAGAAAUUGAAUUCCCUGAAGUUUGCUUAACAGAUUUAUGAGCAUAUGCAUAUAGACAUAAUAUUAAUAUUUAUAAUAAUAGAAAAUACGAAAAUUAAAUGGU